AUGAGUGUAAAGAGUAUAAUACAUAUUGGAUUUGAUAUGACAUUGAUAGCGAUGUUAUUAGCAGCGAUAAGACGUGAUACAGGACUUAUUCUUAAAUAUGAGAAGUUUGAUUUUAGUACAGUGAUAUAUGGAUAUUUGAAUUGGGGAGAGCAUUGGUAUACAAAAUUGGUAAAUUAUUGCAAAAAGUCACCGAAAUUUAGGAAACUAUCACCAACAGACAGAUUUAUCGACGAUGAUAAUACAACAACGAUUGGAAGAAUAGAAGAAUUGGAUUGA